UUCGGCGUUUUGAUGAUCUUACGUGUCAUUUCCAGAGUGUCAGUGAUUCAGACCGGCUGUAGACUAUUAACGAAAAAACCCAGGGCAUCAGCAUCUGGUUAUUGAUGAACUUGGGUAACUGUUGGUAACGGCAGAAUCAUGAAGGCUUUGAUCCUAGUGGGGGGGUACGGGACCCGACUGCGACCGCUCACCCUGAGCGUCCCAAAACCCCUCGUGGAGUUCUGCAACAAACCCAUCCUGCUGCACCAGGUGGAGGCACUGGUGAAAGCUGGGGUGGACCAUGUGGUUCUGGCAGUGAGCUACAUGUCAGAGCUGCUGGAAAGAGAGAUGAGAGUGCAGGAGCAGAGACUCGGGAUUCGUAUCUCUCUGUCUCAUGAGAAGGAGCCUCUGGGAACAGCGGGUCCCCUGGCGUUGGCUCGAGACUUGCUGAAUAAUGACAGUGAGCCGUUCUUCGUUCUCAACUCAGACGUCAUCUGUGAUUUCCCGUUCAAAGAUCUGCUGCAGUUCCACCACAACCACGGCAAGGAGGGAACCAUUGUGGUAACACGGGUGGAAGAACCCUCUAAAUACGGUGUGGUGGUGUAUGAGGCGGACAGUGGGAGGAUCCAUCGCUUUGUGGAGAAACCACAGGUCUUUGUCUCCAACAAAAUUAAUGCCGGCAUGUACAUCUUCAAUCCCAGCAUGCUCAGCAGGAUCCAGCUGAGACCAACAUCCAUUGAAAAAGAAAUAUUUCCUGUCAUGGCAGGGGAGGGACAGCUGUAUGCCAUGGAGCUGCAAGGUUUCUGGAUGGACAUCGGCCAGCCUAAAGACUUCCUGACAGGGAUGUGUAUGUACCUCCAGUCAGUACGACAACACGCACCUGAGAGAUUACGCACAGGCCCCGGUUUCCUCGGCAACGUCUUGGUUGAUCCCACGGCACAGAUCGGGGAGAACUGCACCAUCGGGCCGAAUGUCACCAUCGGCGCCGGCGUUGUCGUGGAGGACGGUGUGAGGAUAAAGAGGUGCACGGUGCUGAAAGGGUCAAGGGUUCGAUCGCACUCAUGGCUGGAGAGCUGCAUCGUGGGGUGGAGCUCGUCAGUCGGCCAGUGGGUGCGUAUGGAGAAUGUGACGGUGCUGGGGGAGGACGUGAUCGUCAAUGAUGAGCUAUACCUGAACGGUGCCAACGUCCUGCCUCACAAAUCCAUCAACGAGUCAGUCCCGGAGCCGCGAAUCAUCAUGUAGCGUCAGGUGGAGGAAGAAUCCCAGCGCCUUUUAUAUGAAGACUAUGAGGAAGACCCAAACUGUGCCAGAGAAGAGGGAGGGACAUUCAGGCAGUUGAAUGGAAGCAGGAGGAGGAAGAACAAAAGGCUUCUUUGUCUUUCUUUUUAUAAAUUAAUUUGGACUUGUUUUAGCCCUGCUUGGCUGCAUUUGUCAGAAAAGGUGACGUGUGUCAAGGAAGGUUUCUUAAAGUACUGACAGGUCAAACUCUCAUGUUGGCAAAUAUGAGAAAAGUCGAGAGAGGGGGCUUCUUGGUGGAGUAAAGAUCAGUAUACUGAGAGGGAAGGGGGAAGUGGGUGUGUGAAUAUAUGAACACUGCUGGUUAGAUUUACUAUGCAUUUACACUUCCUGAAAGGAACAAUCAAACCACAGCUACAGGUUGAUGUCAUGACUGAUGCUCAGAUUCUGAUCUGACUUAUUGUGAAACAUAAUGCAGUAUUGGUCACAAUUAAAGGUCCAGUGUGUAGAAUUUCUGAUGCUCCAUUAACAUAAAUGUAAUCCAGGAUUUAUAACUAGUGUUUCUACUGAAGACCAAAAAGGACAAACAGCACUGGCUAUAAGUAAAUGGAACUGAAGAUGCUCCUACAUUGUUGUAAACAAUAGACUGUAUAUCAAAGAUGGACAAUGCCACCACUGUUUGCUUGUGGAGGCUGCCACGUUUUUGUUUUUGUUUUGUUUUUUUGGAAGUAGAAUAUUUACUUACACAAAAGUGUGAAGUUGUGAGCUGGGUCCAGCAGAGGUGAAGACUAGGAAAGAGAUGAGACCAGUGUCAGCACACUGUUUAAUCCACGCCACACCCCAAUUUUAAGCCUUGGCAAAAUCUUAAUGUUUGUAUUAUAUUUAAAUAUCUAAAAAUCACUGUCCGUACAGUGGUUACCAACCUGCAAAUGUGUUUAUUUCUGCUCUUGUUGGAAACAAAGGGCGAUUCAGUAUCUUGCAAUCUACAACUUCACCACUAGAUGUCACUAAUUCCUACACAUUGGUCCUUUAAAGCCAUAGCAGUUUAUUAUUGAGGGCAGCAGAGCAAGCUGUAAGCAACUUCAUGGAAAUGUGAAUGUUUUGAGUUGGAAGUCAUGUUUGCAUCCACUUGAAUGACAUCAAAUAACACUCAAUAAUUUGAUUUGUUUUUAUACGGAAAUACCAAUGACUGCAGCCUUAAUCAUGGGAAAUGUUGGUUAUGUCUUGUGUUCUUGAUGAGCUUUCCAGGUUUCUCUGUUCUUUGAAAUGGCUUGUUUCAAUGUCAGACGAGUUAAUGAUCAUCAAUAUGUGCUCCAAUACUGUAGUGGGUGAGCUGACAACUUUAUAAUGUGGACAACUUUAGUCUUUAAGAUUAAUUUUACAUUAUAAAUAAAUAUACAGCGCUGUCUAAAAGUUCCUACUCCACAUGAAGUAAGCAGAAACGUGUUUUGGUUUUGUCACAAAUUAGGCAAUGGCCAUCAGAUGCAAUAAUCCUCUUGAAGGUGAGAAAAGCAGAUAAGGAAAAGUUUUCAGUAUACUAAAAAAAACUUCAAAGGAACAGGAGUAUAAGUCACUGCUUCCUGUCAGGGUUUUCAGAGUAAAAAUACUUAGAUUGUAAAUUAGCUUUCAGCCUAGAGGAGAAGACGCAGCCUAAUUUAGGACCAGUUUCUUGCAUUGU